AUGGCGGUGUGUGUCGAAAACUUUAGCUCCUUUGAAAAUUCUUUAGAUUCAACUUCGGAGCUUCUUAGCGGCAUUGUAGAUUCGAAUCCUGAUCACACAAACAACACAGGCUUCUUAGAGGUUUCACAGAGGGGAAGCUUGAAAUGGAAAGGCACAUUUGAAGGUCUAAAAGACUUCGUUGAAUCAAAUCAAAUAUCGACAGCGAAAUGGACCUCGCCUGGUGGUGGAACUAAGUUAUGUGAAACUGUGAAUUUGGCUAUACGAUGGUACUCUACAACGGGAUCGAUAACUUUAAAAGGGGAAAGAGCUAGUGAUGUAAAGAAUAAACUUAUAUCAAUCGCCGAAAAUGAGAAGGAAGCAAGUCAAAAGUCGAUUCAACGUGCAAUUACUCACAAUUUGCAUACGUCUUCGAUCGAUCUUACAACACCCCCUCCCAUGGGACGAAACGAGGAAAGCGUUCAUUCAAGCGGUCAAUCAAUCAAUUCGCCGUUUGACGAGUUCAAAGAUACUAUGGAGAGUUUUGUUAUUUCAACCUCUACGAAAUUUGACGCGUUAACAUCAGAAAUUGCGAACCUCAAACAACUAAUACCGCCCGACCAAUGUAUUGCAUCUCUUCAGGCUGAAAUCGUUAACCUGAAGACCGAGAACAACGAUCUUCGCGAAAGAAAUACGAACAUAUCUUAUAUCAUGUCCGAUUUACGCACGAAAAUUAAGGACGUUGAAAAUGAAAAAAGAAGUCUUAUUACUGCUCUUAAACUGUUACAAGCUGAUUCUAACUCUGACUUGGAAAAGCGUUGCCAAGAUGAAUCUGGAUUAGGCGACGAAACCAUCCAAGCAAACCCGCCAUCUUCUGAUCAACCACCCAACCAGCCAGCCAAUAAAGAGAAGCGCCGUAAAAAGAGGAAGAGUAAGAAAUCUAAACCAAAUGUGCCAGAUUUAACUGCUGAUCAUUCUACGGACGUGGCUGCUGCUCCCUCUGAGGUCGCUGUUUCUGCCACAUCUGAGACCGCCACUUCUGCCACCUCUGAGGCCACCGUUGGUCCAGAUAGACCAGACUCGAUGAGACAUCGCAAGAAAACUGUUGUCAUCGCGGGUGAUUCUAUUGUUAAGAAUAUUGUUGGUGCAAAAAUGAGUGGUAAUGAUUCUAAGCAUUAUUUCAUCGUGAAACCUUUCCCAGGAGCCACAAUAUCAGACAUGGAGGAUUUCGUUAAACCACUGUCGAGGAAGUCGCCCGACAAGAUGGUUCUACAUGUGGGGACGAAUGAUCUAAGGAGCUGUACGCCGAGAGUUAUUGCUGACUCAAUUGUUAAUCUUGUUACUCAAGUGAAAGAGGAUUCGCCAAACACAACAAUUGGUGUUUCUGCUAUUGUGGUAAGAAAUGAUAAUGACGAUCUUGCUUUCAAAGCAUUGCAAACUAAUAUUAUACUUAAGGAGUAUUGUCUACGUAAUGAAAUACCCUUUUUAAAUAAUUCAAACUGAUAUCAAUGCAAAGCACUUGAACUAUAAAGGACUUCACCUGAACAAAGAAGGAACUUCGGUUUUGCAACAAAACUUAUUAGGGUUUGUAAAUACUAUUUCUGAUUGACUGAAUCCUGAUACUAGUAUUAAGCCUGUCUUUCCUAAUUUGCGGGGGUUUAAGAUGGCAGCACUUAAUGUGAGAAGUCUAAUUGGCCACAUUGAUGAACUGCAGGUUUUGCUUGCCACUAACCCGAUUGAUGUUUUAGCUAUAAAUGAGUCUUGGCUUGAUGCUAGUAUACACGAUAAUGAGAUACACAUUUCUGACUAUGAAAUCGUACGGCGUGACAGGUCUAUGUGUAGUGCUAAUGGGAAAACAUAUGGGGGCGUUUUCUUCUAUGUGCGCUCUAGCAUAAAUUUCUCGCCUCGCCUGGAUCUGUCUAGCCAUCAACUAGAAAAUUUGUGCAUUGAAAUUCGAAAACCUAGUUCUAAGCCAUUCAUUGUUUCGACUUGGUACAGGCCGCCUGAUUUUACCAACGAUAAAUUUUCUUAUUUCGAGUCAUUUAUUGGUAGGCUUGAUUCAGAAAAUGUCGAAUAUUAUCUUUUAGGCGAUCUAAAUUGCGACCUUGGCGCAUCUGUUUUGGACCAUAACUCUAGGUCAUUAACCGACAUUGCUGACUUAUAUGGUAUGCAUCAGCUGAUAAAUGAACCCACACGUCUUACCGAGUCAUCUUCGACUAUAAUCGAUCACAUUUUUACUAAUGCUCCAGAUAAGGUUGUUUUCUCUGGUGUUUCACAUGUCGGCAUUAGUGAUCAUAGCUUAAUUUAUGCUUUUCGAAAGCUUUCAACAGGCAUUUACAAUAAAGGUCAUUCUACCGUGACGUAUAGAAAAUUUAAAAACUUUGACCUUGAUAGUUUUCGGUCUGACAUUUGUGCACAGAAUUGGACUGCUGUAAACAACUUUAACGAUCCAAAUGAUAUGUGGCGGGUUUGGAAAAACACAUUUAAUAAUGUUGUUGAAAAGCAUGCUCCUUUACGCACGAGGCGUGUCAGAUCUUCUAAGUCACGGUGGAUAACGCCUGAAUUAAAACAACAUAUGCACAAUAGAGAAAUUCUAAAAGUUAAGGCUAUUCGUUCAAAAGAUCCUAAUGACUGGGCUGCAUUUAAGACGUUCCGAAACUAUGUAACAAAUGAAAUUGUUAAAGAAACUCAUUAUCAGAACGCAUUUCAUCAAAACAAACAAAAUAUGAAAAAGACUUGGGGUAUUGUAAACGAACUUACUUCAGGGAAGCAAUCUAGUCACAAGUCAAGGAAAUUAAAACAAAUGGUUCCUUAGUCAGUGAACCUAAUGAGUUAUCCGAGGUGUUCAAUGAUCAUUUUGCUAGCAUAGGCUCUAAGCUUGCUCAGAAAAUUCCCUAUAUUGGGAAUGGUGGUACACACCUUGAUUACUUGCCAAGUCAAUCUAAUGAUAAUUUUCGACUAAAUACAACUAGUCCGUCGGUGGUUGGUACCCUCUUGUCUAAACCUUGCAAAUCUAAAGCCACGGGUUUGGAUAAGAUAUCAGCCAGAUUACUUUGCGAUUGUUCCGACCUAAUAGCCGAUUCAAUAUGUGCAAUUUUUAACUGUUCUAUUAACUUUGGUACAUUCCCCAACGAAUGGAAAUGCUCAAAUGUCAUUCCAUUAUUUACAAAGGGAGAGUGUAGGGAUUUAAAUAACUAUCGCCCAAUUUCUAUAAUUCCAGUGGUGGCGAAAGUUUUUGAGAGAAUUAUUUAUGAUCAAGUUUAUGCUUAUCUUAUGGAUAAUAACCUCUUAUCUAAUUGCCAGUCAGGGUUUCGAACUCUUCAUUCCACUGUCACCGCACUUCUUGAGGCUAGUAAUAACUGGUCUUACAAUAUUGACCGGGGCAACGUUAAUGCCGUCGUUUUCUUAGACCUCAAGAAGGCGUUUGAUACUGUUGAUCAUGCAAUAUUGCUGUCAAAGUUAAGCGCAUAUGGUUUUGGAGGUUCUACAGGCAACUGGUUUAGGUCCUACUUAAAUGAUCGCAAUCAAAAAUGUUAUGUCAAUGGUCAUCUGUCCAGUCAACGCGUAUUGCCUUGCGGUAUCCCGCAAGGGACUAUCUUAGGACCUUUGCUUUUCCUUAUCUACAUUAAUGAUUUACCAAAUUGCCUGACACAUUACGUAUGUACGCUGAUGACACUAAUUUAA